AUGAAAUAAUUGUCUUAGACUUCUUAAUCAUACAAACAUAAACAAAAAAGUGAACCCUCACUCUUACCAAAUAUAGAUAUUCUUAAAGAAAAUGUUAAAUCAAGUUUUGCACUUGGUCAUCUAAGAGGUCUAUUAACUUAUAAACAAGUUCGAGAAUUACCAAAAACAGAAAUAUAAAUGAGAAGAGAUUAAACAUAUGGUAAAGCAAACAAAAAAUCAAAAAAUAAAAGAUUAACCUUUUUAAAAUUUGGAUUUAGAACUCAUGAAAAGAAAAAUAAUUAUUAUCUCUAACCUUUAAUUAAAAAAGUAAAAGAUGCAUUUGGUGAAGUUGCUAAUGAUGGUUCAAUGGGAGUUGUGGAUCUAUGGAGUGAUCGAAAUAUGAAUAGAUUAAUGGAUGCAAUAUAAAUGACAAGAGAUAAUUUAAUAGUAAGAAAAUUAGGUAAAGAACUUAAUGAAGCUGAACAUUUUUUAAUGAUAAGAAUGGAAGAAAAAAAAAUAAGAGAUAGAAUUUUUAUGGAAUCAUUAAAAUUGCAAUUUUAAGAAACUGAUACAUUCUCACUAAAAUUUUAAUUAUCUGAUAAAGAUAAGAAAAUUGUAUAAAGAGUUGCUUAACCUACAAUUUCAAGUAAUCUUAGAUAUAACAAUCCAAAUGAAAAUAUUUAAACAAUAGUAGAAAGCAUAGAUUAAUUACAUUAAGAGAAUCUAGAAAUUUACACAGAUUUAUACAAAUAGAUUAAAUCAAUUUAAAAACACAUUAAAUGA